AUGUACGGACAGCAGCCGCCCAACCAGGGAGGAUGGAAUCAGGCCCCCCCGCCUCAGGGUCAGUACGGAUAUAACGCGCCACCUCCGCAACAGGGUUGGGGUGCCCCACCGCCGCAGGGAAACUAUCCUCCUCCCCAGCAGGGCUAUCAACAACAGUAUGGUGCGCCUCCACCUCAGCAGGGCCAGGGUCAUUGGGGAGCACCACCUCCUGGCGGACAGCCGGGUUAUGGAGCACCUCCGCCAAAUCAGUAUGGCUCACCUGCACCACCGCAAGGUGGGUAUCAACAGCCGCCGCCUGGUCAAUAUGGCGCUCCUCCCCCACAGGGAGGUUAUGGGCAGCCUCCCCCCCAGCAAUAUGGCGCGCCGCCGCCCCAACAACCCGGGUACGGUGCCCCUCCACCUCAGCAGUACGGCCAGCAAUACGGUGCACCUCAGAGUUUCGGCCCGCCCACUCAGCCCUCGCUGGGUUAUGGCCCCCAGCGGACUGCGAAUAUUGAUGUGACUCAGGAUGUUGAAGGCAUCCGGAAAGCUAUGAAGGGCUUCGGCACCAACGAGAAGGUCCUGAUCCAGAUAUUAGCAAAGAAGGACCCCAUCCAGAUCAACACCAUUCGCCAAGCUUACAACCAGCGGAUGUUGCGAGACUUGAUCAAAGAUCUCGAGAAAGAGACGUCAGGCUAUUUCGAGAAGGGUUUAGUUCAGAUUGCCCGAGGCCCGCUCAUAGGCGACUGCUACACACUCUACGAGGCAAUGAAGGGUUUGGGAACCAAGGAAGCAGCUCUCGAUGAUGUGCUCAUAGGCCGAUCGAACGCUGAUGUGAAUGCCAUAAAGGCUGAGUACCAGAACAUUUUCAAGAAGACUCUAGAAGCCGACUUGAGGGGUGACCUUUCAGCCGCAACCGAGAAGAUGUACAUGAUGGUCAUCGCCGCGCGCCGCGCAGAAGAUUCGAAUCCAGUCAUGCCACAAGCCGUCGAGCAGGAUGUCACCGAGCUGCAGCGCGGAAUGGGUAACAUGAUCAGCAAGAACGCUAGUUCCGUCUGUGACCUCUUGUUCACCCGGAACGAUGCUCAAAUCCGCGCUAUUGCCCAAUCUUACCAGCAACGAUUUCAUGAGCCCUUGGUCAAGACCAUCAAAUCAAAGUUCUCGGGCCACAUGGAGGAUGCGCUAGUGCUACUUGUCGAGCGAGCAAUCAACCGCGCUGAGGCCGAAGCGACGCGCCUUGAGGACUCCAUGGCCGGUCUUGGUACGAAGGAUGAGCUGCUGGUACAACGUGUUGUCCGGUGUCACUGGGAUCAGGGUUUCAUGAGGGCUGUGAGCGAUGCCUACCAGCGGAAGUACGGCAAGUCUCUGGUUAGGAGAAUCGAGGGUGAGACAAGGGGCGAUUAUGAAAAACUGAUGGUCGCCUGCGUUCAGUAG